ACUCUGUCUCAAAAAAAACAAAACAAAACAAAAAAACAAAAACCAUGGGUUACCAAGAUGAAAUAAGGAAAAUAAUCUAGUGAGAAAGUAGACGUCUGUUCCCCUAGACCGAAAUCUGAGCAUGCUGCAAUCUUGCAGUCAGCCCUUCAGAACCUGGUGAUAUUAAAAGUUGGACCCCUGUGUUCAGGGUUUUGCAUCUUGCAAACACUGUAUUUUCAACCUGUUUGGUUGGGGGAAAAAAUCUGCAUGUAAGUGGACCUAUGUGAUUCAAAUCCAUGUUCAAAAGUCAGUGUAUAUAUAUUUAAAGCUGAGAGACUUAAAAGUUAUCUGAUUAAAUCCAGGCCUCCUUCAUCUCCCCCACAAAAUAUCUAUUCAGAGUAUUAAGAUGAUUGUGAGAGUGAGUUGAGUUUUUGAUUCUUAGGGCUGCCAAGGGACUUUUGUGGCUUGUGCACAGCCUGUUCCAGUGUCUGCAUGUCAGCUGUGUGCCCAGAUCCCGAUCCCCAUGAACAUACUAUGGACGCAUGGGGUGAUUGUGUCCCAGUGCCCAUGGCCCUAGGUACCUCCUCACUCCAGGGCAGAUGUGCCCAGGUCCUGUGGUGCUGUCACAGGACCUACAGGACCCAUCUGCUUUGGAUGGUUCUCACUUACUUUCUUCUAACUGUUGCUUCUGCAUUUUGUAGAGGGGUGUGUGUGUGUGUGUGUGUGUGUGUGUGUGUGUGUGUGUGGCUUAAGCAAUCCCUCCCGCCCCCUCAAGCCUCCGCAAUAGCUGGAUCUUCAGGCGUGAGCUGCUGUGCCUAGCUUUAAACAGAAUGGAUUUUCCCCAGCCCUUUAGGAGAAUUUUUUUCAAGUUAAAGCAGUGGCUUUUGGAUCUGUUUUUUCUUUAAAUCCUGGAACUUAAAAAAAAAAAAAAAAAGUCUUAGAGUCUGAUUAUAUAAAACCAAUCAAACCUGGAACUGCUUUUCUCAGAAUGGGUUGGGAGCCCCCAGAACCCAUCCUCGCUGCUGCUCUUGUUUGAAAACCGCUGCUCCAGGCUCUCCAGACAUUUGCUCCUCCCUCUUACCAUCUUGUGUCUUAAUAGAGAGCUGGACGGUAGCUCCAGGGACUCUUUCCCCUUAGUCACUGGAUUGCAGCGCAAGGAGGCUCUUGCUGGGGAAAGGGCCCCUGCAGGGUCGCAGGGGUGGGCAUGGCACAGAGCUGUGUCCGGGGAAACCUGGCCCAGCUUGGCCCCUGUGGUGGGGGGAGGCCGGGCUCUUCCUGCUCCACGCACGUCCCUUCUGCUGCACAUGCUGUUCACAUUGGUCUAUUUUGCAAAGUGAGAGGACUUCUCAAGGGUAGUCAUCCCAUGUGUUGAAAGCCAAGGGGACUGGGAGGAGGAGUCACUUCAGAGCCCGCCACUGACGGUCUGGUUUUCCUGCCUCCAUGGUGGGGUGACAAUGUUUCCUCAGUGUUUUAUUGUGAAUGGAGCAGAUGAACAGAUGAUCUAGAAAGUGUUUCUGAUUCUCUGCGAAUUUAUUGCAAGUGAAGGAUGCCGGUCACCGUCCUGACGGCCCGUGGGCAGUGCGCCUGUUGUGACGGGGUUCGUUGGUGAUUUUGGGACCGAGUUUUGUAAACUGUCUCCUACCUUUAAAAACAUUUGAAUGGUGUUUCUCUUCCUUUCUUGUCCCCUUUUGACUUUUUUUUUUUUAGCUUGCUUGCCUUUUGUUUUAGCAGCUGCAGUAUCUCGGAAGAAAAAACGAAGGAUGGGAACCUAUAGCCUGGUUCCUAAGAAAAAGACCAAAGUGUUAAAACAGAGGACGGUGAUUGAGAUGUUUAAGAGCAUAACUCAUUCCACUGUGGGUUCCAAGGGGGAGAAGGACCUGGGUGCCAGCAGCUUGCACGUGAAUGGGGAGAGCCUGGAGAUGGACUCAGACGAGGACGACUCAGAGGAGCUCGAGGAGGAUGACAGCCACGGCGCGGAGCAGGCGGCCGCCUUCCCCACGGAGGACAGCAGGACUUCCAAGGAGAGCAUGUCGGAGGUGGACCGCACCCAGAAGGUAGGUGUCGCUGUCUUGAGUGGCAGCAUGAGGGAAGGUGAUCACAAAGCUGACCGUCGUUCUGAGAAUUAGCAGUCUGCUCACUUCUAGUCUCUAAUAAAAUCCCCUGUUUACAAUUGACUUAGAUUUUUGUAUUUUAUUUUUCUUGAAUUAUUAUUUUCAUUUAAGAAGUAUUUGUCUUUCUGUACAUCAUUCAUUGAAAUAAACCUCUUGUUUUUUUCUGUAUUUUCUUUCAUUCUUUUUUUGAGACAGGGUCUUGCUC